UGAAGCCAAAGAGCAUCUUCAGUACAUCAUCGACCGAGGACAAUGAAACCGCGCGUAACAGAGAACACAAACCAAUGCUCUCGAAAGCUUUCCGCAAAGCCGGAGAGUUCGCAACGGCGACCGCGAACGCCAUCGCUCGCCGGAACCUUGUGAGCUCCGGCGGAGGAGUCUCGACGGAGACAGCUGACGUGGUGGUGAUCGGCGCCGGUGUCGUUGGGCUUGCGGUGGCGCGAGAGUUCGCGCUCAAGGGGCGAGAUGUCCUCGUGGUGGAGGCGGCCACGACCUUCGGCACUGGGACAAGCUCUCGGAACAGCGAAGUCAUCCACGCUGGGAUUUACUACCCUCCCCAAUCCCUCAAGGCAGUUCUGUGUGUCAGAGGAAGGGAGCUGCUCUACAAAUACUGCUCUGAUAGAGGGAUUCCACAUAAGCAGCUUGGCAAGCUUAUUGUAGCUACGAGGGUUUCUGAAAUUUCAAAGCUGGAGCAAAUUCUGAAACGCGGGAUUGAGAAUGGCGUUGAGGAUUUGAGGAUGGCGGAGGGAUCUCUAGCCAUGGAAAUGGAGCCGGAACUUCACUGUGUUAAAGCUUUGUUGUCUCCUUCUUCUGGGAUUGUUGAUUCACACGCCUUCAUGCUUUCCUUGGUGGGGGAUGCUGAAAACUUCGGAACUACAAUUUCCUAUAAUACUAUAGUUAUAGGGGGGCAAGUUGAAGAUAAUUCUCUGCAUCUCCAAGUUUCAGAAAGCAAGGACCUUGAAAAUCAUGCAGGGGAAUCUACUACUCAGCCUCAGCUUGUUAUCAUUCCCAAGAUCGUGAUCAACUCUGCAGGUUUAAGCGCUCUUCAUCUUGCUAAAAGAUUUCAAGGCCUUAACCACAGAUUCAUUCCAGCAUCCUAUUUUGCUCGUGGCUGCUAUUUCACCCUAUCUAACACGAAGUCUCCUUUCAGUCACUUAAUUUAUCCAAUACCAGAAGAUGGUGGCCUUGGAGUGCAUGUUACAUUGGACCUGAAUGGCCAGGUCAAGUUUGGGCCUGAUGUUGAAUGGAUUGAUGAUGUGGAUGAUAUAUCCAGCUUCUUGAAUCGGUUGGACUAUUCCGUGAACGCAGAGAGAUCAAGCAGGUUUUAUCCUGAAAUAAGAAAGUAUUUUCCUAAUCUAAGAGAUGGAUCACUAGAACCAGGAUACUCAGGAAUCCGACCAAAGCUCUCUGGACGAGGACAACUUGCUUCUGACUUCGUUAUCCAGGGGGAGAAUAUUCACGGUAUUCCAGGCCUGGUAAACUUAUUUGGAAUUGAAUCUCCAGGCCUCACAUCGAGUUUGGCAAUCGCUGAAUACUUAGUAUCAAAAUUUGCUGGAUAACGCAACUUGGCUUGAAAAUCAGAAGGCUUUGAUGCAGGUCAUUUUGAUCAAGGGUUUCUUUUCCACACUAUGUUCAUAUAUUUAUUCAGAGAUGGUAAGAUUUGUAUUCAUAUGAACUUAAAACUAUUUACACCAAUUUUAAAUUCUGCUUCAGAUAAUUGAAAGAUUUUUCUUUUCUAGCAAACUAACAUUUUUGUUUUUUGUUUA